AUGUUCGGAGCGACGCAGGCUCUUGACUGCUCGCUGUCCAGCAUCCAGUCCGUGCUCUCUGAGAAUGCUAGUGUAAACUGGGCAUACCCACUCAAGGAAAAUUCAACUCUAGAGGUGCCCCAGGGGAACACUGGCUACCCAACAAACCCAGUUGGACUUCCAGCUCUGUGUGCUGUUUCUGUACAAGUCCAGUCAAUCGGUAAUACGACUUAUGGAUUUGGACUAUUCCUACCAGAAUCAUGGAAUGGUCGAUUUUUAGCAAUCGGUAAUGGAGGAUUUGGAGGAGGUAUCAAUUGGGAAGACAUGGGACCUGGCAGUCGUUAUGGGUUUGCGACCAUGUCAACAGAUACUGGCCACAAUUCAUCCACGAGAGACGGAUCCUGGGCAUACCGACAACCAGAAAAGAUAGAGAAUUGGGGACAUCUUGCUAUGCACGGGUCGGUAGUGACAGCUAAGCUAAUUGUCUCUGCGUAUUACUCAAAAGACAUCUCGUACAAUUACUAUGCUGGCUGCUCAACGGGAGGCCGGCAGGGUCUCAAGGAGGCCGAGCGAUACCCUGAGGACUUUGACGGUAUCAUUGCAGGUGCCCCUGCUUGGUGGACAACUCACCUGCAGCCUUGGACGAUCAAAGUGGCAAUGUACAAUUUGCCAACCACGACUGAUUAUCACAUCCCACCUUCCAAGUUCACAGCUAUCGGUGAAGAGGUGAUGAAGCAGUGCGAUGUCCAAGAUGGUGUCAAAGAUACUAUUAUAUCAGACCCGCAAGGCUGUAACUUCCGCCCAGAAGAGCUGCUAUGUGGCCAGAGCGUCAAAAACAGUAGUACUGCCGGUUGUCUCACUGCCCCUCAACUGUCGACCUUGACCAAGAUCUAUUCAGACUCUUGGAGUGAGAAUCAAACAUUUACCUUCCCGCAUCUCUACUACGGAAGCGAACCUCAAUGGGCACUCCUUUCUAGCGACCUACCAAAUCCACUUGGCACGGACUACGUCCGAUACUUUCUGAAUUUUGGCGCAGAUUGGUCGCCGUACGACUACAACGAAAGUAUCCAGCGUCUUGCCGACGCCACAGAUCCCGGAAACGCAACCGUCAAGUUCGAUCUCUCAGCUUUCCAUGCCAGGGGCGGCAAGAUCCUAUCAUAUCACGGCAUGAGUGACGGCCUGAUACCCACAGGCUCAGCAACAUACUUUUACAACCAGGUAGUUCGCGAACUUAAGCCACGUGGCAUUGAGGUUGACGACUUCUUUCGCUUCUUCCUCGUGCCGGGAAUGGGCCAUUGCUCAGGUACCUUCCCCAAAGUCAAUGCACCGUGGUACUUUGCAGGGCCCAAUCAAGCUUCAGCGUUAGGUCCUACAGUAUACAGUGUACCCGGCUUCAAGGAUGCUGAUCACGAUGCCAUGCUCGCAAUGAUGAGAUGGGUCGAGGAGGGCAAGAGGCCAGAUUAUGUCAUUGGCACGAAGUAUGCGAACGAGACUACCCAGAUAGGGAUAACGAGGCAGCGUCCGUUGUGCAUGUAUCCCAAGCAGGCUAGGUAUGAUGGGAGUGGGGAUGUAGAUGCGGCAAGCAGUUGGAAUUGCAAAUCCAUGUACGAGUAA